AUGAGAGGCACCACUCCAGUAACAACCUGUCCCUUUCUGCCUAGCAGUAGCCCAGUACGACGAUCGACAAGCGCCGCCAGAAACGGCCGCGGACAACGCCGACACAUAGAAAAAGACAUUAACUCAAACGCCAAUUACUACGGGAUCCUCGCCAAUGAAGAAGACGAAACUGUCGACGCAUUUGACGCCAUCGACCUAGAAUCCGAGACACAAAAAAUCAUCGAGAAGGAGAAGGAACGUAUGACAACCAGAGCCGACGUGCUACGCACCUUUGCGGAGUCCAUCGCCGCUUGCGCAAGAAACUUCGACCAUGGCUACGCCCACACCGUCGGAAACGACUUCACCAAGUCCCUGCUCCGCCACUGGAACCAAUUCCUCCACUCAGGCGAAAUUGUAGGAUCUAGCGGCGAGCUGUCACAGCCAAAUUUACAAACCACCCGAAAACCAGCUGCCGGACCGCCAACCAACGACCAAGCAUCCCGUCGAAAGACAGUGAGCUUUGCCGACGUCACCAAAGCAGCCGCACAGCAAAUACCAGGGGACAUACGCAUCGCCCCUACACGCAGACAGCCCGUCGCUGCCCGCAACUACGCAGACCGACGAAUUCUCCUCCGCCUCAAGGAGGGAUCAGCUUCUUUGAGAAAAUCAGCUUCCAGAUUCGACUGGCGCUCAAAGAAAAACUCGCACUCGACACCCGAGACAUCCAUGACAUCAAACCCACUAACACAGGCUGGGCGCUUUCAGCGCGCAACGAAGAGACCCAGAAAAGGAUCAUUGAAUCGCAAGGUAAAUCAUUGCCCAAACGACCAAGAACCAGCAAACGAAGGAGAAAAUGCAACCGAAGACGUUGACGAAGGCGAAGGAACCGAAGAGGAGGGAGAGGACGAAAAUGACGACAACGAGGACGAGGACGAGGACGAAGAUGACAAUGAUAUUGCAGACGAGCGGGAAGACACACGACAGAGCCACCAGCACGAAGAGCAGGCCACUAGCAACUCGAAGAAAGAUCCGCUCUUAGCAACCAGCCGGGGAACAGGAGCCUCAGUGACAAAAGGGCUCAGGCGGGAAAUUAUACCAAAGCGAAACCCCAUAACCCUGAAAAAGAGAUAUAUCAGCACGCAUAUGGCCCAACAGAUCAUUCCUUCUGGGACCACAAACCCCUCUAGCGAUCCGCCGACGGGUGAUGUCAAGCCAUGA